UCUCAGCGACCGGACUACUCCACCCAAAUCAAACAAGGUUCACAUCAGUGUCGAUCAUCUCACCAUUGUACAACUAUAUUAUCAUGGGAAGAUCACCAUGUUGUGACAAAAAUGGACUCAAAAAGGGGCCAUGGACACCUGAAGAAGACCAGAAACUUAUUGAUUAUAUUCAGAAGCAUGGCUAUGGAAACUGGAGAACACUUCCAAAGAAUGCUGGGCUUCAAAGAUGUGGAAAAAGUUGUCGACUUCGUUGGACAAAUUACUUGAGGCCUGACAUCAAGAGAGGACGAUUCUCAUUUGAAGAAGAAGAGACAAUUAUUCAACUGCACAGCAUACUAGGAAACAAGUGGUCUGCAAUUGCUGCUCGGUUGCCAGGAAGAACUGACAAUGAAAUCAAGAACUAUUGGAACACACACAUUAGGAAAAGGCUUCUUCGAAUGGGAAUUGAUCCGGUUACUCAUAGUCCUCGACUUGAUCUUCUUGAUCUUUCCUCAAUUCUAAACUCAUCAAUCUACUCUUCAUCUCAGCAAAUCAACCUUUCCAGGUUAUUAGGGGUGCAACCCAUGGUUAAUCCAGAACUCCUAAGGCUAGCCACCUCUCUUUUCUCCUCCCAAAAGAAAAAUCAUCAUGAUAUCCCGACCCAAAAUGAUGUUCAAGAAAAUCAAGUAGUCUACACUGCCCCCCAAGUGCAAAACCAAUUGCCCCCAUUAAUACAGCCUAGCGAACUUCAGACCUCAGUUCAAGAUAUCCCUACAUCCGACAACCUGGGCACAAGCUUGAGGACAAGUACUUCCUGCGUUCCAUUUUCUUGUGAUCAAGCACAACUCAUGCAACCCAAUGCGGAGCAAUUCUCAUCAGCAAAUCUCUCCGACUUCAUUAAUUCACAACAAAGUUGUGAACUUAACGAGUGGCAAAACAGCGAAUUCUUGCCUCCCAAUUUCUCAGAAGAUUAUUAUGUACCUCUACAGCAUUACGGUUGCUAUGGCUCCGACAACCAAUCCGUUUUGGACACGGCUCCAUCUGAGACUACUUCAACUUUCCAAUCCAACAACAGCAACAGUUUCAGCUUCCAAUCCGUUUUGUCAACUUUAUCGACGCCUUCGUCAAGCCCAACACCAUUGCAAUCAAAUUCAACUUACAUCAACAGCUGCAGUACUACCACUACUGAAGACGAAAGGGAAAGCUAUUGCAGCAACAUCUUGAAGUACGAAAUCCCAGAGCUUUUGGAUGUUAAUCAAUUCAUGUAAAAUUGUAAGGAUCAGAGAUUAAUUAGAGAGGCCUUUUUAAGUGCUCUGGGGGGUUUGUCAUACAGCUUGUUCUUUCUUGUAUAAUUUCCU